AUGGUGGAGAGGCUUGACAGGAUAACGCAGUUUGCAAGUGAAAUUGCUCUGCCUGAGCCAGUUCCUCGUCCUGUGAAAGAACAAGAUGGAGUACGCGGUGAUUUUGAUUCCUCAAAUGGGAUUCCAUACAUUGACUGGACAGAAUAUGCUGUACCUGUCAACAGUAUAUCAGGUCUCAUUUCUUCAUCAAGUGUUCCAUACAACUCAUGUCCUAAAUUACAGCGCUGCAUAAUUGUUAAUGAUAUAUUUAUGCAAUUUGUAAACCAGAAAAGGAGCAACCAAAACUCUAUCAACAGAGGAAAGCAAGAGAUGGGGUCCAAACGAGACCCAGAAACUGGUGAAUGGCCUACUGCUAUGCAAGUUUGGAAGGCUACAUAUCAAAAGGCUGAUAGGACAUGGUCCAUUCCAACGGGUGAAGAAAUAAUGACCAAACUACAUGAAGCUGCUGGGAUACAUCAAGAAAAGAUUUCUUCUGCUCCCGUGCCAAUAGUGGAGCACUUCGCACUAGUUCUUGGUCGAAAGCCAAACCAUUCACGUGGUGUUGGCAUUCGUGCUGUAAACCAAGUGGCUGAGGAAAGAAUCAGAUUGCAUGUGCAAAUUGAGGCUUCAGAACAGCGUGAAGCUGCAGCUCGAGCACGUGCAGACGCUGCUGAGCAACGUGCUGAGGCUGCUGAGCAACGAGCACAAGCUUUGGAAGGCCAAGUUUCCACGGUGGUCGAAACAAAUGCACAACUGCAAGAAGAGCAGCAAUCCCAACAUGAUGAGAUGAGUUCUUUGCGUCAAGCACAGAGUGGAGAAGUUGCUUGCCUAGUGAGAGAACAACUCGAUCAUCAAAUGGCUGCAUUAAUUGCACGCAUUGGUGCCUCACAGCCUCCAGCAUCUUAG